CUGGGCUUGUAAUCAGUAAGGACAAAUCUAGUGCAAGUGAUAUUCAAUGUGCCUCACCGUACAGAGUUUAUAAUCGGGCUAGUUUUAAUUCGAUAGUCAACGAGCUUACCAAGAAUGGAGAGAAUGUCAGUUUCUGGGUUGAUGGUAUGAUUACAAACGGUACAAUAACUUUCAGUAAUGGUAAAUCAAUGCCCAUUGAUAAGUCAUUGUUUCGCAAGGGCGAACCCAAUGGAAGUGGUGUAUGCACUCAAUUGUGGUACACAAAUAAAUGGAAAUUGGACGAUGUGGACUGUUCAAGACAGAAGAAGUACUUAUGUUCAGGUGAAUGCUACACAUGUGAAAAUGAACAUACGUUUGGAGAAUGCUCUAUUAAUACAACACAAUGUUCACGGACAAAUGACAGAUGCUUCACUCGUAUAAGUUAUAUUGGCAAUGAUCAGUACAGCGUUAGUAAAGGAUGUACAGAUAUGCCUACAACACAAUGUGAUGAUUGCAAGCGUAGUGAUAAUCUGUUCUUACCAAGGAACUGUACCUAUGUAUGUGGGACAUCACACUGUAAUGCAUUUCUACCAUCGGACUUUAUACAAUGGAAUAUGUGUCCUCACAGUGUAACUUGUUAUGCGAACUAUAACAUUCAGUGGAGGCCUACACCAGCAGGUACAGAGACUGAAGUGAAAUGUCCCUUUGUAUCACCGAGGACUGGGUUAACGGCCACAAGGCAAUGUCAUAGUAAUGCUGAAUGGGGACAACCGGAUAUGAGUCAAUGUGACACUGUUACCACAACUCCCGCUACCUAUCUAUUAUACGAACUAACCAAAAUAUCGCCUAAUGCACAAAACGCACCUGGAAUUGCCAAAGCUUUAUCCAACCUAACCUCUGCUGCCGAGUACUUUGCUGCAGUUGAUGUAUAUUUAGCGGUUUAUGUGAUUGACAAUUUACUAAAUACCAAUGACACCAACACUACAAGUAUUGAUGUUGCCACCGAUCUACUUAACAGUGUUGAUAAUCUAUUUAAUGUUGAACCGGAAGUCUUGGUUACAAGUCAAAGAGAUGGGGACACUGCGUCAAGAUUGAUCAAAGCAAUUGACCAAUUAGCGAUGGAUGUACAAAAUGUACAAAAUAAAACGGCGACAAUAGAAACCGAAAACAUUGUUAUAUCCAUAGUUAGGCUUAACACCAGUGUCUAUACCGGUAUAUCGUUCAGUGUAUCAGAUAAUAAUCAGAUGAACAUUGACAAUGACAACACUUCACCAAUGGAUAAUGUCAAAUCAGCAAUUCAGCUGCCAUCAUCUUUAUUAGAUGGACACAGUUUUCAAGAUGGGUCGUCCAGAGCACAGUUUAUAUCAUAUAAAUCAAACAUGUUCUUUAAGGCUGUAGGUGCGGCGUUGUCUGACGAUGUGAUCCCCACAUCGAAUCAUGUGAUAUCUGACCACAACGUCAGUAAUGAUACCAUAUAUAAAGUGCUGAAUAGUGCAGUCAUUGGUGCAAGCAUUGGAAGCCUAAUUAUUAGUGAUUUAGAGGAGUCUGUUAAAAUCAACCUAACAUGGCAAAGAGCAAAUCUUUUCAAUCCCCAAUGUGUUUACUGGAACUAUUCUCUAAAUGAUGAUGUCGGAGGGUGGUCUAGAGAUGGAUGUAAUGUAUUAGGUCAAAGUUCGAAUAAUUUCAUCACUUGUGAAUGUGAUCACCUGACUAACUUCGCGUUACUUAUGGAUGUUUAUGGAACCGCAUCUGAAUUUGAUGAAAGUCACCAGAAGGCAUUGUCUAUCGUAUCUUACAUCGGAUGUGGUAUAUCUCUGUUCUGUAUGCUUCUGACUCUGAUCACAUUUCUCGCAUUCAGGCGUCUGAGGAAAGACAACCCAACCAAGAUACUUAUGAAUUUGUGUUUUGCAAUUUUCAUGUCAAUAUUAUUAUUUUUGGCCGUUUCAUUUUCUGUGGAUUUUGCACCAAUCAUACCCGAGCUUUGUACGACUAUGGCUGUUUUGUUACAUUAUUUCUUAUUGGCUGUCAUGACGUGGAUGGCACUAGAAGCAUUCAAUAUGUAUCUAUUAUUGGUGAAAGUAUUCGAGACUUAUAUCAGACACUUCAUGAUAAAGUUGUGUCUCAUUGGAUGGGGUACACCCGUGGUUAUCGUCGCGAUUACUCUGGCAAUUGAUAUUGAUAAUUACGGUUACCAUAACAACAUAUGUUGGUUAUCCAGGUACGCCUUCUUUGCUGCGUUCUUGGCUCCAGUAUGUCUAGUACUCAUCUUCAAUACAGUAAUAUAUAUCCUUGUUGUUCACCAAAUAUGCAGCCUUAAUUCUAAAAAUAUGUCUACAUCAGAUCGAUAUGGCAAAGCAGCACAACUUCGUGGAUCUGUCAGUUUAUUUGUAUUGCUUGGUAUCACCUGGGCUUUGGCGAUACUGGCAAUCAGUGAGGCUGGUUUAGUCGUCAAUUAUUUGUUUGCGAUUGCCAAUUCUCUUCAAGGAUUAAUUAUAUUUAUAUUUUUCUGCGCUUUGAGGAAGGAUGUCCAGAAAGAGUGGAGAGAUGCGUUUUGUUCACGUUGUCAGCGUUCAUCUCGAUCUGCAGGUUAG